GUCAGAGGCGGGCGCCACACUUGAAGUGGCUGAGGCAGGCGGUGGCGCCGCCGCGGCGCUGUCAUGGAGCUAGCGCAGGAAGCGCGGGAACUGGGUUGCUGGGCGGUCGAAGAGAUGGGGGUGCCCGUAGCGGCCCGGGCCCCGGAAUCGGUGCUGCGCAGGCUGUGUCUGGGCCAGGGGGCUGACAUCUGGGCCUACAUCUUGCAGCAUGUGCACAGUCAGAGGACUGUCAAGAAGAUCCGGGGAAACCUACUCUGGUAUGGCCACCAGGACAGUCCACAGGUCCGUCGGAAGUUAGAGCUGGAAGCUGCUGUGACCCGCCUGCGGGCAGAAAUCCAGGAGCUCGACCAGAGCCUGGAGCUGAUGGAGCGAGACACUGAGGCUCAAGACAUGGCCAUGGAGCAGGCACUUCAGCACACUCAAGACACCCAGCGUCGAGCUCUCCUCCUCCAGGCCCAAGCUGGGGCCAUGCGAAGACAGCAGCAUAGGCUCCGAGAUCCCAUGCAGCGGCUGCAGAAUCAACUGAGGCGCCUGCAGGACAUGGAGAGGAAAGCCAAAGUAGAUGUGACCUUUGGAUCUCUGACAUCAGCAGCUCUGGGCCUGGAGCCUAUGGUCCUGCGUGAUGUCCGAACAGCCUGCACCCUUCGGGCCCAGUUCCUGCAGAACCUCCUGCUUCCCCAGGCCAAGAGGGGCAGCCUACCAACCCCUCAUGAUGACCACUUUGGCACUUCCUACCAGCAGUGGCUGAGUUCCGUGGAGACGCUGCUGACAAACCACCCCCCGGGCCACGUCCUGGCUGCCUUGGAGCACCUGGCUGCAGAGCGGGAGGCAGAGAUUCGGUCCCUGUGCAGUGGAGAUGGGCUUGGCGAUACAGAGAUAUCCAGACCCCAGGCCCCGGACCAGUCAGACUCCAGCCAGACCCUGCCGUCCAUGGUUCAUCUCAUCCAGGAGGGCUGGCGGACUGUGGGUGUGCUGGUCUCCCAGCGGAGCACCCUCCUGAAGGAGCAGCAAGUCUUGACCCAGUGCCUCCAGGGCCUGGUGGAGGAGGUGGAGAGACGCGUCCUGGGAUCCAGUGAGAGGCAGGUGCUGAUACUAGGGCUUCGGCGCUGUGGCAUGUGGGCGGAGCUCAAGGCCCUGCGCGCUCAGAACCAGGAGCUGGAGGAUGCAGCUGGGCAUCGGCAGCUCCUGCUGAGGGAGCUACAGGCCAAACAGCAGCGGAUCCUGCACUGGCGCCAGCUGGUGGAGGAGACCCAGGAACAGGUCCGCCUGCUCAUCAAGGGAAACUCGGCCAGCAAGACCCACCUGUGCCGGAGCCCAGGGGAGGUGCUAGCUCUGGUCCAGCGAAAGGUGGUCCCUACAUCUGAGGCAGUGGCACCGCAGAGCCGGGAGCUGCUGCGCUGUCUGGAGGAGGAAGUCCGGCAUUUGCCCCACAUUCUGUUGGGCACGCUGCUGAGGCACAGCCCCGGAGAGUUGAAGCCCCUGCCCACGGUCCUCCCAUCCAUCCACCAGCUGCACCCCGCGUCCCCAAGGGGCUCCAGCUUUAUAGCGCUGAGCCACAAGCUGGGGCUGCCCCCAGGGAAGGCGUCGGAGCUGCUCCUGCCAGCGGCUGCCUCUCUUCGCCAGGACCUUCUGUUCCUGCAGGACCAGCAGAGCCUCUGGUGCUGGGAUCUACUCCACAUGAAGACCAGCCUGCCGCCAGGCCCUCCCACCCAGGAGCUGCUGCAGAUCCAGGCAUCCCAGGAAAAACAACAGAAAGAGAACCUGGGGAAGGCUCUGAAGAGGCUGGAGAAGCUGCUGAAACAGGCGCUGGAGCGAAUCCCUGAGCUGCAGGGGAUCGUGGGGGACUGGUGGGAGCAGCCGGGCCAGGCCGCCCUCUCUGAGGAGCUCUGCCAGGGCCUGUCCCUGCCCCAGUGGCGGCUGCGCUGGGUUCAGGCCCAGGGGGCCCUGCAGAAGCUGUGCAGCUAAAGAGAGGGUUCAAACGGAACUGAGAACUUGACACUGUUCACCCCAACACCUCACCUCCCCCAGGACAUUUGGAAGAAAGCAGCACCAAUAUUCCUCGGCAGUCGUCCCCACCUGCACCUGCAGUCCCCUCACGUGCUGUUCUGCUGCCCCCCUCAGCUCCUGGCCCCUGUCCUUUCAUCCCGCUAAAGCACCCCCUGAAACCCCUUCAUCACUUUCAUUCUCAGCAAAAAGUAAUUGAGCACCUCCUCUAGGUGCUGGGGAGCCCACACUGAACAAAAGAGAAAACCUGUCUUCCAGCAGUUGAAUUCUAGGGCAGGUAGACAGAGUUUACAAGAUAAGGAAAAUAUAUGUGUAGUAUGCUGCAAGUUAACCGCUGUGUGGGAAAUCCAGCAGGGGGUGGGAUGUGUGAUUUGAAUUGAGGGCCACACUGCCCAGGUCGCACUCCAUCAAGGGGUGAGCAGGAGCAAUGGGGGUGGCUGAGGAAGGGCUUGCAGCUCGAGGCAACAGCACAUGCAAAGGCCCUGAGCCAGGAUGUGCUGGAAUAAGGGCCACUGAGGGGGACAGUAUAGGUUGGGGGUGAGGAAUGUAUUAAAAGAUGAGAUUGCCUUCUAGUUUGAAUGGUUUCUUUUUUUACAUGUAAAUCAGCCAUUUGGAAUUUAUCCUAGCACAUGGAUCCAAUUUUGUCUUAUUUUACAUAUAUCCUAGUAGCACUUACUGAAAUUCCCAGUCAGAGUGGCAGUUGCCUCUGAGGGAAGGUGGGUGGCAGGGAUCAACUGAGGAGGAGACACAGAAAUGUCCUAGCUGAUGGGAGUGUGCUGUGUUGAGAGCAGCGGCAGUGACGCAGGUGUAGAAAUUUGUCAGAGCUCAUCUAGCUGUAGUCUUUAAGGCCUGUGCAUUUCACUGCGUGGGUUACUCAAUGUAUAAAGCAAAGCCUUACACUUUUGAGAUGCCACCUUUUUAUGCACUAAAUUUCCAUGUUUAAUUGGGUUAUAUCUGGCUUCUCUCCAGACCUGCUUUGUAUUUAACUCUCCAUGUGUCAUUCCCACAGUAGCUUAAUAGAAAGGCUUGUGAUACAUUGUCA